AUGUGCCCACACAUCGCCUGUCUAUGCCCACACAUCGCCUGUCUGUGCCCACACAUCGCCUGUCUAUGCCCACACAUCGCCUGUCUGUGCCCACACAUCGCCUGUCUGUGCCCACACAUCGCUUGUCUGUGCCCACACAUCGCCUGUCUGUACCCACACAUCGCCUGUCUGUGCCCACACAUCGCCUGUCUAUGCCCACACAUCGCCUGUCUAUGCCCACAUAUCGCCUGUCUGUGCCCACACAUCACCUGUCUGUGCCCACACAUCACCUGUCUGUGCCCACACAUCGCCUGUCUAUGCCCACACAUCGCCUGUCUAUGCCCACACAUCGCCUGUCUGUGCCCACACCUAGCCUCUCUGUGCCAACACAUCGCCUCUCUGUGCCCACACAUCGCCCGUCUGUGCCCACACCUAGCCUGUCUGUGCCCACACAUCGCCCGUCUGUGCCCACACAUCGCCCGUCUGUACCCACACAUCGCCCUCUGUGCCCACACCUAG